AUGUCAACAACAGCAACUGAAACUACCGCGGCCACCACCAGCACGCUACAAUCAGCCAGCGUAUCAACACAACGCAAACAACGCACUUGGCUUGCUCAAGCAGGGGCAACAGUCCGUGACGCCUGUGCAGCGCUAUCACGGUCAUUCAUCUUUGAGCAGGCCGUGCUGUUGGUGAUCCUGUUCAACUGCAUCACGCUCGCUCUGUAUGAUACAAGCGACUCCACGUGCAGCACGCGACGCUGCAAGAUACUGGAGGUCUGCGAGCUGGUUGUCACGGUUGCCUUCACUGUGGAGAUGCUGAUUCGCAUGAUUGCCACUGGUGUGCGGCAGUACUUUGGUAGUGGCUGGAACCGCUUUGAUGCCAUCAUCAUCGUGUUUGGGUUUGUUGACUUCAUUCCCACUGUGUCUGGAGGCACCAUCACACUCGUCCGUCUUGUUCGCAUCCUCAGACCAAUGCGCAUGGUCACCCGUUUCCAAAGUCUGCAACUGCUUGUUGCACUUCUUCUGGACAUCAUUCCAAUGCUUGGCAGCCUUGCCAUCCUCACCCUCUUCCUAUUCUGCACGUUUGGACUGGUCGGUGUCCAAAUGUGGAAAGGCAUGCUCCGCCAGCGCUGCUAUGACUCCAACUUGACCGCCCAUUUCGUUCCCUCCACACACGCAACACCACCAUGGACCACCCACUACAUCUGCGGCGCGCCAGACUUUACCUGUCCGCCACCCUCCAGCGUUGUUGGCGGCCCCAAUGUCACCACCACCACCACCACCUCCUCCAUCACAGCCAGCGUUGUCGAUGCGUUCCCCGUAUGUGCAGCACGUGCCCCAAAUCCCUUUGCUGGCGCCGUCUCGUUCGACAACAUUGCCAUUGCCUGCAACACUGUCUUCCAGGUCAUCACGCUGGAAACAUGGGGAAACAUUAUGGCAGCAGUGCAGAAGGCGCACUCCUUCUGGGCGUUUAUCUACUUUGUGCUCCUCAUCUUCGCGGGCUCGUGGUUUGCCCUCAACCUUGUUCUCGUCGUCAUCGCCACCCAAUUCAAAUUGACAAAGAAGAGGGUGAUGGCUGAGCGUGCGCUUGGCGCACUGUUGCGACCCGUGCGCCCGCGAACACGCCGAUGGGAGGAGGUUGUGGCCGAUUUUGCUCGCCGGUGGCUCAAGAUGGAUAUCGUACACAUCAACGAAACACCAGAAGAGGUGCAGCACGAUAUCAUGCACAGCGAUGCGCUGACGGAGGAGGAGAAGGAGGACAUUGUCGCCACCAUGCAAGUUUUUCGCAUGUUCGACACAGACGGCGACGGAACCAUCUCUGUUGGUGAGUUGACGAGUGCCCUCAACUCCACAAGCGAUGACAUGAUCGACAGCGAGCAAAUUCGGGACCUGAUGUGCCAGAUUGAUGCCGACGGUGAUGGAACGAUCGACUUUGCGGAGUUCAUGGAGAUGCUGAAGCGGUCGCGUCGCCACAGCACCGCCAUUAUGGCCGACGCCCCAGACAUGUGCGGCGAUGAUCAAGGUCAUGACACACAGACUGGUCAUCCUGAUGAUGAUGGUGAUGAUGAUGAUGAUGACGACGACGGUGGUCAUGGUGAUAGUGAUGGUGUCGACAAUGAAGGAAAUGGUCGACGUGAUGAGCACGACACAGGCAACUUCGACAGUAAUCAUGCAAACAGCCGCCAUCGAAGCCGCAAGCUCGGGCGCCACAGCAGCUUGUCGCACGAGGUGAGACGAGCCAGCAUUCGCCUCUCACAAACCCUGCGGCAACCGCACAUCACCGUCGGCGGUGUGGCGGUCGGGCACCUGUCCGCCUCCGCCGUUCCUCUUACCACCCAUCAGCACCACCGCCACUUCACACAUGCCACGGCUGCCGUUGCCGGCCACGCGUCCACGCCAGCCGUCAACGACAGCAAGUUUCUUCGCCCGCGGAUCGCAGCGCGAGGGCGACCUGUGCUGCGAAGCCGUCACACCGUUGCAGUGGCCCCAAUACCGCCAACGCCGCCGCCUUCAACAACCACAACGCCAGCAGCAACAACGCCAACAGCAGCGACAGCACUGGAUGCGAGACAAGCAGCACUUGCGGAAGCCACGACUGCAACAGCGUCGGCGCUGGCAUCAUCACCGACAUCAGCGGCGACAGUGGCGACACUAUUGAGCACACACGCGAGCGGCACCGCAGUGGACGCGCCACCGGCAGCAAGAGCACAAUCGCUGCAGUCUGCAAGCGCAAGCCAGGUAACUUCCGUGACAGCGGCGGCAAUGGCAGCGCGGCUUGCAGCCUGGCAGAGCAGUGGUGGUGGUGGUGGUGGUGGUGUCAAUGGUGCCGGGUUCAAAGUGCCAAGCGCCAGCGCCCAGAGGCAGAACCCCAGAGCAGACCAGGCAGAGUUACAGCGCCACCAUUUCCAUGGCGAGACCGCAGCGGCAUCGUUUGACCUCACGCAGCUGCCCAAGCGUAUCGCCACUCGCACCAUACCACGACCAGCAUCCACAGCCAUGCGCACAUGCACCAGUGACGAUGAAGAGAACAAGCAGACGCUGAACGAGUGCCAUUGCAAUGCUUGCGAACGAACCAAAGCCAGUGCCCAAGAUUGUGGUGACGGUGACGAGCAGACACGUGAUGAGCGGGUACGUGAUGGCCCGCACAAUGAGAACAUGGCUGAUGUGGUAGCCUCUUCAGCUGCGGUGACAUCGUCGCCACCAACGGCCACUGCUGCAACCACACGUCCUGCGACAUCAGUAGCUGAAACGCAACUGCGCCCCGGCACCGCAAAAGUCAUCAGCGGGUUUGGGCGCGCAGUUGCACAAAUUCGACGCGCGUGUGCGCGGAUUGCGCGCCACCCGCGCUUUUCAAACUUUGUUGUCAUCUGCAUCUUUGUCAACAUGGCGGUGAUGAGUCUGGAGCACAUGGGUCAACCGCACGCGCUGGAGGAGUUCAAUCGCAUCACCAACGCUGUCUUCACGGUGGUGUUUGCCGGGGAAAUGGUGAUCAAAAUUGUGGGGCUUGGUCCCAUCGCGUACUUGAUCAACAAGGCAAACGUGUUUGACUUUGUCAUUGUGCUGAUAUCCCUGAGCGAGUUUGGCACAGGCACAAACGGCCUAACCGUCCUGCGCAGCUUCCGCCUCUUGCGUGUCUUCACCGCACUCCAAGUCCUGCCAACCAUGCGACGACAGCUUGCAGUCAUGAUCAAGACCCUCGACUCUGUGCUCACGUUUCUGUUUCUCCUCGGCCUCUUCGUCUUCAUGGCCGCCAUCGCCGGGAUGCGCCUCUUUGGGCAAAGGUUGGAGCUGCCGGAGUGGGAGGAGGACGGGACGGGCGUGCCACGGGCCAAUUUCUCCACGUUCUGGAAUGCAGUCAUCCUCGUGUUUCAGGUGCUGACAACAGAGGACUGGACGCUGGUCAUGUACAAGGCAGCACACGCUACCAGCCCAACUGCUUGCAUCUACUUUGUGCUGGUCCUGGUGCUCGGGACGUACAUCCUCUUCAACCUCUUCAUUGCCAUCCUGGUGGAGGGCUUCGCCACAGACCUGGAGGCGCUAAAACGCUUCAAGGAGGCCGUCGUCAAGACGCGUGACGUUCUUCAUGACAUUCCUUCAACGUCCACACUCGCGUACGCCACGUCACCCAUUCAUGGCGGCUUGGGUCAAGCACAGCAAGAGCGACAAGAACAACGGGAACAGCAAGGAGACAUUGUGUUGUAUGAUGCAGCCAUGCAGCGUUGUGACUGCCCACACAUGACAGUGUCUGCGAACCUUGAUGCGAGCGUAAGAAUGCCGACAUCAGCAACAACCACCACCGCUACUGCUGUCUUGGGCAGCGCAUGCGGCACAGAUAGUGGCGGAGAUGCGAACAGUGCUGGCGAUGGCAAAUGGUGCAGUCGUGAUGGUCUUCCCGCUGUCUCUCGUCAUCGAUCACAGCAAAAGCCGUCGGCGUGGCGGCAAUUUCGCGCAGUCGUUGACGCGAUGGUGUGCGCGUGUGAGCCGGUGCGGCGCCUCGUCUGCUGUUGGCAGUCGCGCCGUGUUGCCCCAGCACCAACACCACCAUUACCACCAUCACCACAAUCGCCAUCAUCAACAGCCCGAGCAGCAAGAGCAGGAUCGGCCGCAACAACAAGUUUGGCAACAACACCAGACGCCAUUACGCCGGAGGAAGAGCGGAUCAAUGAAGACGACAACCGUCCGCCCCUGUUCGUGCGUGUGUGUCCUGGUUGCAACGGCUGGCGCCAUGGUGAAGCGCGUGGACAUGGGCCAAGGCAACACGUAUUGGGCGAACGUGAUCAGCCACAACAUUGGCAACCACACCACGAGCACACACACCGGCGGCAUGAGCUGCUGUGGCGUCUGCGUGUUGCGCGCGCCCGCGCAUGCGUACGGCGGGUGCUACAGAACCCACGAUGUGAAGCCGCCAUGUUUGUGCUCAUCCUGAUGAGCGCUUUGACGCUGCUGUGGGAAACGCCACGCGCGGGGGAGAAGCGCAAGCGCAUUUUGCAGGGUGUGUACAUGUUCUUCAACACGGCCUUUUUGAUUGAGGUUCUGUGCCGGGUGUUUGCAGAAGGGUUUCUUCCGCGGAAACGGCCGUCACAGGAAGCCGCGCAGCAGGACCACCAGGGACACCAGCAGCAGAUGCAACACACGCAACAGCAGUCAUUGCCACACGGAAGCCAAAUCUCCAAUCUUGAACAAUCAGCCGCAGCAGCAGCAGCAACACCAACGACAGCAUCCAUCGACGCAGGCACUGCAGGCACACCAACAACUACCGCAGCAACAGCGACAGAAGCAAUAGCAGGCAGCAGCAUCAAACCCCAGAGUGCCCGUGCGGGCGUGUCUUCUGCUGCUGUCUCAUCAGCGCCAGCACCGCAGCUUGCUCCCACGGAUGCAUCUGGUGACGCCUGGGCGGAGGAGUCCGAUGGGUUUCUGGCUAGCGGAUGGAAUAUCCUGGAUGGGUUUGUCGUUCUCACGUCGUGGAUCUCCAUGGGUCUUGAGCUGGGCGGGCUCAGCAGCAGCGUCCUGCGCACCAUUCGCGUUCUCCGCGCACUGCGCGCACUGCGGCCUCUGCGCCUCGUGCAUCGGAUGCCAAAACUGAAGCAGACCGUGGGCACGCUGUUCACUUCCGUGCGCCCACUCACCAACGUGUUGCUGAUCGAGAUCAUCUUCUUUCUCAUCUUUGCCAUUCUCGGGGUGCAGCUGUUCAAAGGCUCCCUGCACGCAUGUACAAUGACGCACGGCGUGGUGAUCAACGCCAGCACAUGCAACAACCAGUCAUAUGCCGCUACCCUCGGAUACACCCUCCCAACGACAAUGGCAGAAGUACCAACAACUGCCGUGGCCACCGUCACAGCGAGCGCGUUAGACCAGGCAGGCGUUCCUUUGGCAACGGCAGUAGCGGUGACGGCAGCAAGCGAACUCAUAGGCCUUAACUCUGCCUCGUCCACGCCACAUGCUUUCUCUGGUGGUGGCACCAACACAACGACGGGGCCAGUGCCGGGCGCGGGACUGUGCGGACACGUACGAGUGACGGACAAGGCGUCGUGCAUCGCCGUUGGCGGGGAGUGGGAGGCGUUCCAGUACAACUUUGACAACUUGGCCAUGGCGCUGUUGACGCUGUUUGUGGUGUCGACGCGCGACGGGUGGGUGCUGGUGAUGGAUCGGGCAACAGAUGCCGUUGGGCCGGGGCGGCAGCCGCAGCGCAACGCAAAUCCGCUGGCUGCACUCUACUUUGUCGCGUUUGUGCUCGUUGUUGGCUACUUUGUCAUCAACAUGUUUGUUGGCGUGUUGGUGGAGAACUUUCAGCGCAGCAUGCCGCUCGACGAAGGCGAUGAAGACAACAAAGACGACAAAGGUGGAGACAUCGAAGACGAAGAGAAGGAGCAUCAACAUCAACAUCAGCAGGAGCAGGAGCAGGAGCAGGAAGGAGAAGAGCGAGAAGGGGAAGAGCGAGACGGAGGGGUGGAGGCAGUGCAGCAGCAUGGAGAAGGGGAGAAGCGGUUUGCUGCAGUUUGUGCGCACGAACGUAGUGAAGCAACAGUAUCGAGACUCGAUGCAGGCGUCCAAAGCAGCGACGGUGAUGAUGAUGGCGAUGAUGAUGACGCUGGCGGCGACGGUGGAGAUGGUGAUGGUGACGGCCUUGCAGCAGGUUGGCACGAGUCGGGACACGCGGUGCGUUGUCCCACGGAUUUGCUCAUCCCACAAGUCCUUGUGUCAUCGCCGUCGCCGUCGCUGUUGGAAGAGACGCUCAAGAAUGACCAGAUUGAGGACAAUGGUAGUGGUAAUGGCAACGGAAACGCUACCGCAAUCGCUGGUACUGGAUGCAGGGAUAUUGUGAGCCAUCACCACAGCAUUGUCAGUGGCGCGUCAAGUGACACGGAUGUUGCAUUGACUUUAAAUGCCCGCGAAGACAGCAGUACUUCACAGGCGCGGGUGCCCGACAUCACGUCGCAAACAAGCACGCACGUUGCCAUCAACACCACUGCGGGCGCUGACGAUCCGGCCUGUGCAACAACACCACACCGAAGAAGAAAGGGGCACACGGGCGAGUGGACGCGGUUUCGCUUGGCGUGCUGUGCCUUGGUGCAUCACCCUACCUUUGACCUCGUGACGAGCUCAUUGAAUGCAAGCAACGUGGUGCUGAUGAUGGCUGAGCACCAUGGCCAGCCCGCGUGGGUGGGGCACAUGUUGUCGACCGCAGAGCUCUUCUUCACCGCCUGUUUCACGCUCGAGGUGAUUGUGAAGUUGGUGGCGAGCGGGGCACGAGUGUUUGCGCAGAGCGCGUGGAACAAGCUGGACUUGUUUGUUGUCGUCACGUCGAUUGCGGGCAUUGUCGUCGAGUGGUCCACGGACGGCCUCCCCGUGAACCCAACGGUCCUGCGUGUGCUGCGCAUUCUCCGUGUUGCGCGCGUGUUCCGGCUGGCAAAGAUGACGCGCGGUAUGCGGUCGCUCCUGGCAACGGUGACGCAAUCCGCGUCGCAGGUCGGAAGCCUGGCAUUGCUGCUGCUCCUCCUCUUCUACAUCUCUGCUGCUAUUGCCGUUGAGCUGUUUGGGCGCAUGUCGUGCAGCGUGGAUGCGCCGUGCAGUGGUCUCAGCAGCCACACCAACUUCCGCAACCUGGGGAUGGCCAUGUUGGCGCUGUUCCAGGUUGCGACCGGCGACAACUGGACCGGCAUCUUGAGCGAUGCGUUGCGGCGUCCACCUAAAUGCAACGAUGCGCCAGAUUGUGAGAUUGGCUGCUGUGCAAACCCACACAUUGCCUCCCUCUUCCUCGUCACUUUUGUCAUUCUCGCCCAGUUUAUCCUCCUGAAUGUCGUCGUGGCUGUGCUGAUGAAACACUUGACGCAGGUGUUGGAGCACGAUCAAGUGGACAGGCGACGCAGGUCGAAGAUGUGA